AACACCAACUGCACAAACACCAAGGGAUCUUACAACUGCUCUUGUAAUCCUGGAUUCAGCUGGGAUAUAGACAAGUGCACAGACAUCGACGAGUGUGAUCAAAAAACCCACAAGUGCAGCAAGAACGCCAACUGUACAAAUACCGAGGGAUUUUACAACUGUUCUUGUAUUCCUGGAUUCAGCGGGGAUGGACAUCAAUGCCAAGACAUCGACGAGUGUUCUCAAAACAGCCACAACUGCAGCAAUAUAACUGCCACUUGUAACAAUACUAAGGGAUCAUUCAAGUGCUCUUGUAAACCAGGAUUCAGUGGUGACGGAAACAAAUGCACAGACAUCGACGAGUGCGCCGAAAAUAUCCACAAUUGUAGCAAGGACAACGCCACUUGUUCUAAUAGCAAGGGAACGUUCAACUGCUCAUGUAAUCCUGGUUUCAGAGGUGUUGAAUAUAACUGCACAGCUGACUGUACUUUCAAUUCAAAGUCGACAGAAUAA